AUGACCGUUGGGAAGACUGUCCAUUGCCUGUCGCUGGUGCACGAGGCUACAUCUUCACCUGUUGAACAGCCAAGAACCUGCGCGAAGCUGUGGUGUCCAGCGGCCAAGCACAGCUCUCACAAUAGGUUUUUAUGUCAGGCUUUUCCUGAUCCGGAGCUAUACACGCCAAUACCAGAGAGAAACGGAGAAGACCCAAAAGACGCUCGGGGGAAACAAGAUGAAGAAGAGACCAAGGCACCAGCAAAGCCAUCCUAUGGUAUUCAGGGCAGCUGGGACGAUUUUAGAGCUCCGGACUGCGUUAAUAGUGACGGAACCAACGCGAACGAUGGCAAAGGCUGCAUGCUGCAUCCAGCGAGGGAUUACGCUAGUGAAAACCAACUUGGAAACCAUGUUUGCCUUAUUGGAGAAUGCCGACGCGGCGUCUGUGUAUCACGGGUGUUUGCUACGUGCGCAUCAAUCUGA